CUUGGCUGUGUUUUGUUUCUUUCUGCCUCGCUGCAGAACUUGACGCUAGUUCGCGAACAAUGUCACACAUUACUUCCCCUUGCGGAUCUCUUAUUAAUUACAGGAUAAUCAUUGUAAUGUACACUACCGCAUUGGGGAGAAAGAGUUAAUAAAUAUAGAUGAAAUCAAUGUGCCUCUUCUGUUUUUAUCAAGGAAGUAACGAUAUCUACUUGAUUCAGAAAGUUUAAACCUUUAAAAAGUUCACGGAUUACGUUUGUCUUGAUUAUUAAGGUAGAUUGUUGAGAGUCCAGCCUAGCUGAGUUGAACUCAGUAACCCGGAUAUGUUAACGAGUUGACGAGUGAGAAACAGAAACUAACCACGUUCUUAGAAACACAAAUUAAAAUAAUUUAUUUUCUACACAAGAUGCAUACAUUAUGGUGCAUGGUAUUGCUUUGCAUAGUUACAGAAAGUUUACAGAUUAGAAAUCUGCCCGCAUUGAAUGAGAAAGAGAUAACUCGGGUCUACUCUGGUUUGUUCAAAACUACGAGGGAGAUGUUUGUUAUGAAACAAAUGGAAACUAUGGUGUCGUCACUGCAGGUGUCGCAGGCUGUUGCAGGUGUACAGGACACGCAGGCGCUGGCAGGUGUGGUCUAUCACGGCUGCUGUGAAUCGGUAUCCUCCAUGGUGACGUAUGACCAGCUCCCCAACGCGCUCGGACAGAACGUCACUCUGGUCAGUUUCCCCACCCGGAAGCAAUAUUUUCCCAGAGAAACAUGCCUGUCGUCCGCCAACUGUUAUUGCGGCUGUUCCUGUUCUCUGGUCACCCAGACGUUUACAGCCCUGGUGUACAACCCCCUCUACCCACAGUUCAGUAGCGAGCCGGUCAUCUUGACCUUUGUCUUGGCGCCGUCCUUCUGUCGGUGUUUCAACAACGCCUUCUUCAGCUCUAACCAGCUCUCUGAUAUCUAGUCUGUAGCGUGGGGGUGCGGCCAGCACCGGGUGACACCCGACCUAGUGACGCCGCUGUGUUUAGUCUACGCUACAUAGAAAACAAACAGCAUCGGAUCGUUUGUGAAUCAUGUGUCGUGUUUAUCGCUGAGACGUCUACAUUUAUAGGACACAACGUAAAUAUUAAAGCUGAUGGAAUCAAUGUUUCAGACAUCAGACAUUAAACAUUCAAUCAAAUGAAAAGACGUUAGUGGAUAUUUAUUGUUGUUGAUACGCCUUUUGAACUAUUUGAUUUUUUCAGCAGAUCCCUACU